AUGUUUAGAAAUAACUACGACAACGAUUCAGUCACAUAUUCGCCUACAGGACGAUUAUUUCAAGUGGAAUAUGCAUUAGAAGCAAUUAAGCAAGGUAGUGCUGCAGUUGGAUUGGUGUCCAAAUCUCACGUAGUUUUAGUUGCAUUAAAACGUAAUGCUGAAGAAUUAGGUUCAUAUCAAAAGAAGAUUAUUAAGAUUGACGAUCACAUGGGUAUUGCAUUAGCUGGAUUGGCACCAGAUGCAAGAGUAUUAUCCAAUUAUUUAAGAAAACAAGCAAUGACAAGUAAAAUGAUUUUCAAUAAACCAAUUCAAACAUAUAAAGCAGUGUUAUCAAUUGCUGAUAAAGCUCAAGAAAACACCCAAUCUUAUGGUAGUAGACCAUAUGGUGUUGGAUUGUUGAUUGCUGGUUAUGAUGAAACUGGUGCUCAUCUAUUUGAAUUUCAACCUUCUGGAAGUGUAUUGGAAUACUUUGGAACUGCCAUUGGUGCAAGAUCUCAAGCUGCCAGAACUUAUUUGGAAAGAAAUUUAGAUAAAAUACGUCAAUGUGAAACUGUGGAAGAAUCGAUUGUUCAUGGAUUAAAUGCAUUAAGAGAUACUUUGUCUCAAGAUGUUGAAUUGACUUUCAAAAAUACCUCAGUGAGUAUAGUUGGUAAAGAUCAAGAUUUCAUCUCCUACGAUGAUGAAGAUGUACAACAAUGGCUAGACAAGCUUGAUUCCGUAUCAAAUGCCAGAAAUAGAGGUGACGAUGAUGAAGAGGAAGAAGCUGAAGCUCCCGAAGCCACUGAGGCGGGAGCUGAUGAACAAGGGGACGUCGCGCCUUCCGAAGAUAGGAUGGAUACUGACGAAUAG